CAACCAGAAGCUUUAAAUUCCCGUCUCGUUCUUGCUCUCGGACCCAACCCCUUCUUCAGUUCUUCCCUCCAAGCCUCAACGAACUCUAUCGUCAAAUCCACUAUAAACCGCCUUUUCCUCCGUUUCACCCGCCUCCGCCGCCGUCUACUAGAGGGAGAAAAAUGGAUCAAGUGGCCAAUGGCCUCCAAUCUGAUGAGUUUUACGGCGAAAUAGAAUCCCCUGAUCAACAGUGCUGUCAAAGUAAUACGGUCUUAAAACGUAGGUCAAGUUUGUUCGCCCCCACAAUUAGUUCUUCUAAAAAAGUAAACACUGUGAAGAUAGGACAGUCUCAAACUCAAUAUAAUAAGCCUCCAUUGCCAGGAAAAACUUGUGAACUGCAUAUGAAUAAUAGCAGAGAGAAAAUUGAUCCAACUAUCAAAGUCUCAACACGUGCUACUAAAAGAAAUGGUAAGAGUUCGAUCCCUAAAGAGGAGGGUACGGUCAAGGCCCAAUCCUCUCAGCCCACCAAAGAUUCUUUGACUGAGUCCCAAAGAAGUAGAGCCAAGAAAACUUUAGACCUCCAGCAGGGACAAGUAAACACCAAUUCUGUUAUUCCAACCAAAGCAUCAACCAAAUGUAAGAAAGGAAAUGCCACGGCUGGAACUUCAACAUCUCUCCAGAGUUCAAUGGAAAAAGGGAAAACACACAUGUCAGGUAGUCAGUCUAGAACGUCCACACGCAGUAAGAAGUCUUCCUCACCAAAAAAGAGCUUAUCGAAUAAAGACCACAUCUACCAUAUCAAAUAUGAUGGGUUCUCUAAAGAACUAAAAAAGGUUGGAGUUACAUGUGUUCUAUGCGAGGAAGAUCUGUCCUGCAUCUCG